CCUCCGCGCUCUCUCCGGCCCGGCCGCCGCCCGCGACGCAGGCUCCGCCAUCAUGAAGGUCGAACUGUGCAGCUUCAGCGGGUACAAGAUCUACCCGGGCCACGGGCGCCGCUACGCCCGCACCGACGGCAAGGUGUUUCAGUUCUUGAAUGCAAAAUGUGAGUCUGCAUUCCUUUCCAAGAGAAACCCCCGUCAAAUCAACUGGACUGUUCUGUAUAGGCGUAAGCACAAGAAAGGACAGUCAGAAGAAGUACAAAAGAAGCGUACACGUCGUGCUGUUAAGUUUCAGAGAGCUAUCACUGGUGCAUCUUUAGCUGAGAUUAUGGCUAAAAGAAAUCAAAAGCCUGAAGUACGAAAAGCCCAGAGGGAACAAGCUAUUCGGGCUGCAAAAGAAGCCAAGAAGGCUAAGCAGGCAACCAAAAAAACAGCUGUUUCUGCUGCAAAGGCUCCUACAAAGGCAGCACCUAAGCAGAAGAUUGUGAAACCAGUCAAGGUUUCUGCUCCCCGUGUUGGUGGAAAGCGCUAACUUGCCAAACUGUUAGCCAUGCUGAAUAAACAUCUGACUAACUUUCAUAA